UUGCUCGUAUUCGACCUCAACGGCUUGUUCGUCGAGCGCUUCCGAAACGGAAAAUUCACCAGACCUCACGCGGUCGACGCCAUCGAAACGGAGCGCGCCGUUGAGAUCGAAGACGCUGUGCCGCGCGCCUCUUCUCCGGUGUCUUCGCGUACGCGCGGUGCGGCGACGCGACUCGAGGUCGUGGAGCCGGACUUUCGGGUUGGCCGUCACAACCAUUACGUUAGGCGCUACACUGAAGAAUUUUUGCGCUGGGCUCAUGGGCGCUUCGACGUCGCUGUGUGGUCUUCUGCGAUGGAAGUGAACACGACGGCGAUGGUGGAAAAUAUAUGGCCGUCCGAUUUACGGUCGAAGAUCGCGUUCGUGCUCAAUCAAGACCACUGCGCGGUGGACGGCGUGAUGAAAACCAAAGGCGGCUCGAAAGGAACAAAGCCAAAGUUUCUGAAACCGCUGUCGGUGGUGUGGGAAAAGUUUGCGGAUAGGUUCGAUGCUAUGAACACGUUACUCAUCGACGACGACGCGUACAAGGCCAUUCGCAACCCUGCGAAUACGGCAAUCCAUCCGAAACCAUUUUCUGUGGCGACGCGUGAUUCCGACGACGGACUCAGCGCGAAUGGCGCGCUCCGCAAAUACCUCGCGAGACUUCUCGCGAGCGACUCGGUGCCCGACUUCGUCAAGGCAAAUCGCUUCAUCGACGGACAACAUGACGAAAGGUCAAAUGAAGGAUUUGUCGAAGAUGUAGCAAAGAGCAUUGAAACGGUUAACGCAAAACUCGCCGCGUUGCGCGUUCAAGAGAAGGUAUCACGGCAAAAGACGAAACCCGAGAUGAGGAUUCCACUUCCGAAAUCGCUCAUCAUGAGGAACGCGGCGAAGACUCGAACGAUCGCGCCCGUCGAGCCCGUCGUAACGCCGACGAGCGAACGAACACGGAGCACUAGGUAG